UCCACAUAGAUAUAUAUAUUUCGUGUCAAGAAAACAUGAUGGGAGUCUUCAAGAAUGGGUUGGUGAGUGCACCAAAAGAACUGAAUAGCCCAUCAUCCUCUUUCCAUCAACACGAAGAAGAUCAAGAUCAACAUCCCUUGAAGCAUUUCUUGAAAUCCUACACCAAUGCGUUCUCGAUUUCGUUCGGAAAUGAUGUUUCUUUGGCUCUUGAUCCUUCUUCUCAGGUCCAGUUACCACAACAAAGGUUGUUUUGUAGCAUGGAUGACAUUUACUGCAUAUUCUUGGGGGGUUUAAACAACUUGUGCACCCUUAACAAGCAAUAUGGGUUAACAAAGGUAGCUAAUGAACCCAUGUUUGUGAUACAAGCUUACAAGACCCUCCGAGACCGUGGUCCAUAUCCGGCUCAUUCGGUUCUCAAAGAGCUUGAUGGGAGUUUCGGGUUUAUACUCUAUAAUGUCAUGUCUAAAACUGUCUUUGUAUCACUUGGUGCAAAUGGGGAAGUAAAGCUCUUCUGGGGCAUAGCAGCUGAUGGCUCUGUGGUAAUUUCUGACAACUUGGUGGCCAUUAAGUCUAGCUGCUCCAAGUCAUUUGCUCCCUUCCCAACCGGAUGCAUGUACCAUACAGAAGGAGGGCUGAUAAGCUUUGAGCAUCCAAAGAAGAAGAUGAAGGCAAUUUCAAGGGUUGAUAGUGAGGGCAUAAUGUGUGGUGCCACAUUCAAAGUUGAUAUGUAUUCAAAGACCCAAACUAUGCCAAGGGUUGGAAGUGAAGCUAAUUGGGCUACUUGGGGCGUUUGACUUUUCCUUGGUUGAUUCGACAUUGCUUUUGAUUAAAAAAAAGUU